GAAAAAUAUAUUAUUAUUUUUGUUGCAGAUGUGCCAAAAUUCGCAGAACCAAUCACCAAUGUGACCAUGCCAGUGGGGCGUGAAGCUACGCUGGUUUGUGUGGUGGACGAUCUUUCAUCUUACAAGGUGGCGUGGUUGCGGGUGGACACUCAGACCAUCCUGACCAUCCACAGCCACGUGAUCACGAAGAACCACAGGAUCGGGGUGAGCCACUCCGACCACAGGACUUGGUACCUCCACAUCAAGGAGAUCCGGGAAACGGACAGGGGAUGGUACAUGUGCCAGAUCAACACUGACCCCAUGAAGAGUCAAGUCGGCUUUCUGGAUGUUGUCGUUCCUCCAGACAUCUUGGACAACGAGACGAGCACGGAUAUGGUAGUGAGGGAGAACAGCAACGUUGCUUUCAAAUGCGCCGCCCGCGGAUCACCUCCCCCCACGAUCACCUGGAGGCGGGAGGGUGGCCAGAAGAUACAGACCGGCAAUGGAGAAGUGGCGUGCAUCGAUGGACCAUCGUUCAACAUUACUAAAGUGAACAGGCUACAUAUGGGAGCUUACUUGUGCAUCGCUUCCAACGGGGUACCACCUUCAGUCAGCAAACGGAUAUCCUUAAUAGUACACUUUCCUCCUAUGGUUUGGAUUCCGGACCAGCUUGUGGGUGUGGCAGAAGGUCAAGAGAUCACCCUGGAAUGCCAUUCCGAGGCGUAUCCCAAAUCCAUCAACUAUUGGACCAAAGAUAAAGGGGACAUCAUUGCCCAUGGUGCUAAAUACGAGCCAGUGCUGGUGGACAACGCAUACAAAGUACACAUGAAGCUUACUAUAAGGGCGGUGAGUGAACAAGACUAUGGCUCGUACAAAUGCGUUGCUAAGAACUCCUUAGGCGAUACCGAUGGAACCAUCAAAGUCUACAGUUUACCUCACACAACAUCUCGACCAAAACAUAAAGAUAAAGGAAGGAAUAGAAAAUACGGGCCGAACGACAUAGACCCUGGCCUCUCAGCGAAACAAAGAGAAUUGAAGCAGGGGAGGUACGAUGAGGACUUGGACAGCGGUACCAUCAGUACUUGGACUCUCAGUUGGUCCAGUGCCUUCCUGGUACUUACUGCAGUACUCGCCCUCCUAUGAACGCUACUUCCUGGCAGGGUCCCGGCCACAGCUUCUGUCUCCUCAAUACUUAUCUCCUACUUAAAUGUGUACUUAACGGGAGUACUUCGGCGGGCUGCGUGUCCAUCGCUUCUCAGGCUCAUCUAGAGCGUAAUAGACCUCCGAGUAUGAUGCAUUGUGAAGGACCAUCUGGAUGUUGGUGUCCAUGUUCCUAUAAUAUAUAUUACUCCAGAUGGUUACGCCCUAUCAUAUUUUAUAUAUUUUACAGUGUUAGAAUAAGUUCAUUUUAAAUGAUACAGCAGGAUUUACUUUCAAGACCAUUGCUAAAAAAUUGUAAACGGUAUCUUUUCCAAUUAUAAUUAACUUUACUUCCUACGUUAACGCAACCAAACUUAUUUUUUAAUUACUCUAUUCUGUUUACUUCUCUUUAAAUAAAUGUUAUAUUUAACAGUUUUGUUUAUAAAUUAUAGACGAGACCGAGAAUACUGUGAAAUAUAAUCUUUUAAUUUAUUUUGCCAUUAAAAAUGUUCAUAAAUAAUUGAAAAAUAGAUUUGAUCGCUGUAUAAACUAGACAUUCUUAUUUUCAAUCAUCUCGUCAAACUUGUCGGUUGAGAGCUAAAAGUCAUUAAGUGACAUAUCAUAACCUUGAUGACUUAAAACUUUGUUCAAUUUCCCCUUUGUGAGAUCAGAACAUUGUGUCCUAUUCGUAAUUAAAUUUGAUAUAUAAAUGGUUUUGUGUCAUUUUAGUGUGCAGACUCUGUUUUUUUAUCAAUGAAUAAGGUCGAAAAUCUCAGAAAAGAUCUUAAACAUUCAGCUCUAAAAAAAUGUACUUGUGAUUUUUUGCAAUAAACCGGCGAAAUAUUUUAUAAAAAAAAAUAUUUAAAAUUGUUUUAAAUCAAAUAGAAAUCCAAUCCAUGUGCAUCAAAUAAUAACUUUUUAAAUGAGAAAUAAUUAUAAACAAUGUUUUUAACAAUUUUUUUUCAUUAACUGUUAUACAUAGUCAUACAUGUGUUUAGUUCCUGAUAACACGGAGUUUUAAAAUAGAGAAAAUGUACCCAAUACAUUAAAUUUAACAUUAUUGAUAUUUAUAAAUUUAUGCAUUUUUCUGUUUUAAAAUAAUUAAUAAAUAGAAUGAUAUAAAAUAUUAUUUUAAUCAUUGGCUCUUUUCAAUGAUACUUGAUAAAUAUUUUUCAUAUACAUCUUUUUUAAGUUUGCAAAAUAUCUUGACUCUUGCAUCAGAUAAACAUUACCACUUAAUAAACAAUCCGUUAACCAAUUUACAUCGGAUAGACUAUUUUUAUGUACUCGAAUGGUCGAUUAUUCUCUACUGAAACUAUUGUUAAAAUAUUUAAAUAGAAAUAUCUUGUUCGUCGUGGGGGUUCUCAGGAAUUAUUUUCUAAUUGAAGUCAGUCUUGAGAUUAAAAUACAAAAUGUUUCUCUAUAAUUAUUUUAGAAGGAAUUUCAAUUCUAACAAAAAAAUGUUGAAAUAAUAUGGUUAUAAAUGAAUGGUGUUUUUUUAGGCUUCGUUCUUCUAAUCAAAAGGCUGUUAGAAUAAAUUGUAUGUAAAUUUCUUCAAAUAUAUUUGAAUAAUAAACGAAACCUUCGUGAAAAAAAUAUUGAAAUAUUAUCAUAUUUGUAAACUAUUUUGUAAUAAUUUAAAAAACUUGACAACCCCCAUUUUAAACAACUAAGAUGUCGGAAUAGAAUUUACAGAAGCCCAGUUGCAAACCCGGGGUUUUCAAAUGAAAUACUGGUUACCCACUUUUAGGGUUCGACACAAUUCUACCAACCCCCUGUUGUAAUUCUCCCGCUCCUUGCUUGUCCCGGAGCAUCAAGUGUGUUUUUGUCCAAAUAACGAGAAAAAAAAAUAAAUAAAAAAAUUAUAAAAAAAUUCAUAUGAAAUAAUCUCUUAUAUUUUGCUAUUGUCAUAAGAUAAUCCAAAAAUGAAAAAAAAAAAAAACAAUAAAAUAAAUGAUAAUAAGUAUGUAUAUAUAUAUUUAAAAAAUGUAAUUCUAGUCAUUAAGUUUUAUUAUAUGUAACGUGGCUAAGUUUGUGGACUGUUGCCACUAGGGCGAUCCUUCGUUAAUUUAAGGUAACUAACAAUGUAAUUGUUUUAGGUCAAUAGUAGUAAAAGAUUAUUAUUUUUCAGAACAUUUAUUUAUUUAUGAAUUUAAACAAUUGUUUGCAUUCGUGGGUAUGAUUAUAAUGGAUUGUAAUAAGCGAAAAUAUCUCCAGUAUUUCUCAAAUUAUUAUAAAAAUAAAAUUAAUCCUCUGUGCAGAAAUAUUACUCGACUCUUUAUUUUCAGUGAGUCGUUUAUAACUUAUCUCCUUUAAUAGAUUUUUCAGAAACAGAUUUAUUGUUGAAUAAUCUUAAAACAGCUAUAAGAUAUAAAACUAUCUCAUAACAUUUGUCGAUUUUUUUUUUAUCUGAAACAAUUGAAAUCAUUUUGAUAAAAAAAAAAAAUUAAGUUUGUUUUAAAACAAAAACAAGCAGUUUUAUUAGAAAGUGCUGUUUGAGCUUUUCUGGUCACUUUUAGCCUUUUGUAUAUUAAGAAAUACAAACCAAAAACGUUUGUAAAAGCGUCAUAUCUUUAUCUUGAACACUCAAUAAAAAAUACAUGGUCUCUUUCGUCUCAUGAAUAAGUUUUUGCAAAGGCUUUAUUUUUUAUUUUUUUAAUUAAAAAUUAAAUAAACAAAUAUUUUUAAAUGUCAGAUUUUAAAGCUCUAAGACGGAAGAGGCAAUAUUAUCCCCCACUCCCGAUCUCUCCAAUUUAAAUGAUUCUCUCUCAGAAGCUUUAUAAUUGGAAAUCUUCAAGGAUAUAAGGUUCCAAGAAAAGAAAAAAAAAAGACGGAAGAUAGAACAAAAAAAGAGAAACGACUUUUCUAAUAAAAAUUAAAAACAGAAACUGGAGAUAUUUUCGUUUAAUUUUUUAAUAAAGCAACUUCCUAAAAUGCGAAUUUGAAAAGAUGUUUUAUAUUUAUUUGUAUAUUUAAUUAUAAAGGACGCUAAUAUUUUGUAUAAAGAAGUCGAACUGGCUUUCAGCCUAUUUACCUUUGAGGUGAUAUUGUGAUUUCUGUUAAAGCUUGGGCAAUGGCAUGAUUGCGGAAGACGAUUUAUUUUGAAUAGUUUAAUUACUUUUUUAAAUCAAUUAUUAAUUAUUUUUUGUUCCUAUAUUUAUUAUUUCUAACACAUUCCAUCGAUCUCCAUUUCUGCCCUAUUGUUAUGAAAUCGUUAUAGCAUAAUUUUAAAAUUAUUUGUAAGUGUACGGCAGGCGAAAAUUCCUUUACAAUAUAUACCGCCUGCCUUCUAACUUAUUCUUUAGACUGCAACACUUGUAUGAAAGUUUUUGUCAGAACACUUUUGUUAAUAAAAUAUAUUGUAAAUGUGGGUUGAUUUAUUUGUUAGCUAAUAUGACUUCCUAUUAUCACUGAAAAUAUAAAUAGAGCAAUAUAUGAUUGUUUUACAGAUCGCAGAUCAACCUUUCCUUAUAUAAUGUACAAUAAUAUUAUUUCUCGAUAUCAUGUGAUUAUUAUAUAAUAGAGGUAAUGUUUCAUUUAAAAAAUAAUUUGGUAAUAAUAAAU